AGUAUCCCAUGAGUCAGUAGACAAAAUUUGAGACCUCUUGCAGACGAACCUCUUACCGUGAUGGCCGAAAUGGUAGUGUCUAAAAUGGACACCGUGCGGCAGUUUGUGGACGUUUCAUAAGUCUGUUCCGAUAUCUACAACAUCUUGGAAUUGAUAGACAACAAUUAGAACAUCGGAAGAAGGGCUAGUUCUGAAUGGGCGACGACACUGAGCGACUUGAGGUUCCAAUGGAAGCUGAAAAUGAAGACCGAGGGACAUGUAGCUACAUUGCUGCCUUUAGCUUGGCCAGGAAUUCGUUGCAACUGGCUAAACAGUGAAAUAGUUCCUCUGGGGUAUAUGAAAAAACAUAUCAGGAAGCAGAAUUUACGUCCAUUGGCUUCAAGCAAUGACGCCAUGUCUUCGUCCAUGGCCCUGGCGGAAUGGGGGUACAUGACCCAAAUUUCGGAUAACUAACGUAAGGCAGCUCGCAAGGUCGUAGAUGUAUUUUGGCAAGUAAAUAUUAAAACAUGAACUUUUAAAGGAUGCUCGUGGAAAGUAUCAGAAAACAGAAACAACAGAAAAAAUCAUUUUUUUAAUGCCAACUUUAAUGCGGUUGACGGUACUGAGAAUGUCUUCUGGUGACUUCAUGAUCAUUUUUAUACUUUUGUAGAAUGAUUGCAUCGUGUUGUGAGCUUAUUUGUUGCGUUUAGUUAUUAUACUAUUUUGUGAUAUUAUUGCUAUUACAAUGUACAAUUAUUUUAUUUUAUUUUCUUACCUCUUCCAUAUUUUAUUCAACUGGUACUUCCUCUUUAUAACAAAAUCUUCCCAUUCAGCAAUACGGCCGUUUUGGACCGUUCCUCCUGAAUAAAACAAAAAAUCUUCCCACCUUUCCCAUCGUCAACCCUCAGGCGGACUUUUGUUCUCAAACAUCUAUUCUUUUACACUAAUGCCGUUCGUUUUCUGACCUACCGCGUGCGCGCAAUUUUUCUGUGCGCUUUCGGCAAGGCGGCGGGGUGUUAAAUGUGUGCCUUCGCCACAAUGUUGUUGUGCCGCUGUUCAUUAUUUCCACGACCCAUCGAAAGGUGAGGGAGGGGGCGCUAGUCCGUCAAACCCAAGCGCCGUCGGCAUCAGCCCCCCCCCCAGUAAUAGCGGCUGGCACACUCGGCUGCGCAAUUUAUGCGAUAAGUGGUCGUCCCUUUUUGGCCGGUUGGUGCGCGGCCAGGUUCGCACAACCAGGAAGCUAUCUCCACCAGCACCAGCCGGUCCACCAGGCGAAAUGAAAUGAGGUCGACAGUCUUUAUGCCGACGCCGACAGGGGGGGUGUCGCAUACUUGUUUCCAUCUCUCGCUACUUCUACCCCGCGCUGUGUUUGUGGCGUACAUAACGAAACUAACAAAACAAUACGGCGCGAGAGGACGCGCAAGCUAAAAGGGCGCGCAGUGGGAACGCGUAGCAUAAAAGCACACCGUGUGCUGCAGUGUGUGAAGGUGCGAAGGAAGUGUUCCCAUCCCCCUGUGCACCCCAUCAGCCGGGUGGGGGUGGUUGUUUGGAAGAAAGUGGGACAGGGAAGUGCACCAUCAGGAAGAAGGGAAUUCUUUGCAUUGCUUUACGAAUCGUUCGGGCUUGGGGGUGUUGCAGAAAAGCAACACUUAAAAGUUACAAAACUCAUAAACUCAUAUGUAUCAAUAUGACUGCAAAUUGAUGUUUAAUAACUCCAUAAUAAUAGCGGUUUUUGCUUAUUUUAAUGAAUAAAUAAAAGAGCGAAAAAGAUCAUUUUUAAUUUGUUUUCCAUUGAUUGAUUCAAUUGGAAAGAAAUCGAAAAUAACUACAAACACAACAACGGAAAACUCUCCAAAAGCUAUAUCAAUAAUCUUCCACUUGUCCUAUUUCGUGCGGCUAACGCGAACCUAAACUAUUGCGCAUCCUUUCGCCUACCAAUAGAGGAUACUCGCGUACAAAUCCAUAUAUGGGUGAUGAUAGGCAGUGGCAGUGGGAUGUUGUAUGCUUUAUCUACACCUUCAAAUGGGCUGCACACGCUCUCUCUCUCUGUGUGUUAGUAUGUGAUGUGUGAGUGCCACUGGCAGCCACUACUACUACCACGCCGACGACGAAGGGUGACUGAAUUUGAUUAAGGAUGCGGCACCACUGGAUUGAACAAGCGAGCGCGCGUCAUUGUUGAUGUAAGGGAUUAAUGCUGCCGCCGGUUCGCUAAGAUUCACACCACACCCUUCAGCCAAAAAGGUAGAGCAAUAGACGGAAGCAACAUUUCCCCUACUGGGUUUUAUUUUACCUUUCGGUAAUGUAUUUCGGGAAUUUUCCUUUUAGAAUAAGAGCUUGUUUUGAGUGCUUAAAUCACACCCAAUAGAACAAAAGUGCAGACAAACUCUUGUUAAAAAAUGUGGUUUUAAUGUUUUAAUUAAUUUAUUUACUUUUCAAUGCUUCAUCGAAACCCCAUUUUCCACACCUUCACUUAUCUCUGCUAACCCUUGUUGCAUAUGGCAAGGCUCAAACCCUCCGAUAGAACGUGUCGAAAUGUUCCUUUCCCUGUGUGGCGCGUACCCCUUAAGGGUUUCCAAUCGGGGUCGGAAAACUCACCCAUCACACAUACUCGCUCACAUCCGUCUUUCGGGACACUCCUCCUAUUAUCGCCCGUGCGCUAGUAUUGGUGCCACAUCAGCUGGCUGCUGUGCUGCAGUACAGCGUACAGCGCCAGUGUAUUGGUAACGGUCGCGCCUCCGCACCGAUUUUCCUUUUAAGGGUGGCGCGGGCAGCAUGGAGGAAAAACCUUUUUGCGUCCGUUCGAACAGUGGUGUUGGUGUGGUGUGUGUUUGGUAGCGGAAAAUGUUCGUGUACCGCACAGGCUCGCAGCAAGGAGCCGCCCAAUCCUGUUUUUGCGCUUGACACGGGAAGGAAUAGCACACGCGUUCGGUCCGUCGCGCUAGUAGACAUACCGCAGUACCGCAGCCGAUUGAUAAAAUUUGCUACAAUCUGAAAGUUAAAUGUACACGCAUUAUCGGGAGUUGCGUUAAUUUGUCGGCCGAGCUUCGAGGAAAAACGGUUGCGACAAAGUUUGCGGAAAAUUUGCGGCAAGUGCGUAGGUUGCAAAUUGCCCUUUUCGGGGCUGCGCUUUUCCGGUGAAGGUGGUCUGGUGGUGCUGUGAAAAAGGCAAUCGUCGUGGGUGUGUUGUGUCUGUAGUGGAAGAGGAAAUUUAUUCUUAAAAGAAGUGUAUUUUGUGGAGUUGAAAAGCCUGUUUUGCUUCCCAUAUUUCCCCCGCAUUGAAUCCAGAUGUUGCGAAGGAAGCAUUCGGAAAGAAGGGUGUGUUAUAUGCUCGUCUCGCCCCUCAUGCUUAAUGAAUGAGCUACUCGCAUAAGUAUAAAAGUGAAGAAGAGUUGGGUUUUCAAAAUUUGCAUCACGCAGUGCAUUCUCUUCCCUCUACGUGCUUGUCUUUGCUAAAGCGGUUUAUCGCGAAAAAAAAGAAAGAAUCUAACGCCACGGAAGGCUUGACGGGAUUGACAGGGCUUAGCCUUUGUGUGGUCGUGCGUGCGUUCGUGUGUUUCAUCCCCUCGGAACGCAACCAAAAAUCAUCUUUUGCGGUGUGCGUGUGUUGACCAUCGCGAGUAGUAUUGUUGGUGUGGCUGUGUCUGUUUGGGUGGACAUACAAAAAUCCCUUUUGACAGCCCUGCCCAAACACAACCCCUGUCUCAGGCUAUCUGAUUAUGGCAGUGUAGUGUGAAUGUGUGUAUGUAUGUGUGUGCGUGUUUGUGUUUGUCUUUGACCGGCUAGACACACUGAGCGUUUGAAGCGUUUGACGAACCCUCUCCACCCUGAUUGGAACGCGCAGGAGUUUUGGAUUAAGACAGGGACGGGCGGAUAUUGUUGACGGAGCGUGCCUGGCGUGCUCCGGUGGCACUUGAUUAGACGUGGGAUUUUGAAGAGAAACGACGCGAGCGCGGCAGGAUCAGUGUGAAGGGAGUGCGGCUCGUAGAACCAGCGCUUCUGCACGGCGAGGGCGGUGAUGCAGCGGCACCGGAUGGCUAUCCGUUUCAAGUAGGAUACUGCGAAAGUGACGGCAUCUACCCGGGUACGACACUGCCCCAGUACACGCUGUAUCUAGUGGCGGACAGCGAGAAGGAACGUACCGAGUGGAUCUCCUCGAUUCGGAAAGUCUGCGAAGAGUAUAGUCCGAAAUCGUUCAGCUACCAUCUGGGCCUUUGGUUGGGCCGGAAGUGGUCCUGCUGCAGAAGUUUGAAUCGCCGUGCGCUUGGCUGUCAGCUGGCAACGAUAUGGCCCGAGUACAACAAUAAUCCAAGUACCGGAAGCUCUCCUGCCCAAAAUUCUACCCGAAGUACCAGCCCCAACGUACCGAACGGUCACCUGCCGUUGCCCCAGCAGCAAUCGCAGGUCCAUCCCCAGCAGCAGCCACAGCAGCAGCAACUGCAGCACCACUCCGGUACGGUGCCGGUGCUACAGGCGCACCAGCAGCAGCAACAGCAACCCCAGCCCACGCAGCACCCACCGCAGCAGCAUUCCCAGUCCCAUUCGCCCUCGCUGCAGCAUCCGGCGGCAUCCCAGCAGCAAGUGCACCUUCAGCAGCAACAGGCCGCCCUGCAGGCGGCCCUCCAGCAGCAGCAACCGCCCCUACUGCAGCAGCAAACAUCGCAACAGUCAUCCCAUCAUCUUAAUAGCAGCUCAAGCAGCUUAGGCAACAUUACGCCCACCUUCGUUGCACAGCCACAGUCUCCGACUGUGAAUUCCUUUAAAACGGCGUCCCUCAACGGUGUUGGUUUGCACGUGAACGGAGGAGGGGAUUUAAAUAUGCCCGGUGGUCCAACGGUAACGCCCGGGACACCGAACACAAAGGCAAAGGAUGUAUCACCACGGGUGAAGAUCGUCGUCGCGCUCUACCCCUUCAAGGCAAUCGAAAGUGGUGACCUUUCGCUGGAAAAGAAUGCCGAAUAUGAGGUGAUCGACGAUUCACAGGAGCACUGGUGGAAGGUAAAGGACCAGCAUGGUACGAUCGGCUACAUUCCGAGCAACUACGUCAAGGAGAAGGAGCUGCUGGGACUGCAGAAGUACGACUGGUACGUGGGCGACAUGUCCCGGCAGCGUGCUGAGUCACUCCUCAAGCAAAACGACAAGGAAGGCUGCUUUGUGGUGCGCAAAUCGUCCACCAAGGGUCUCUACACACUAUCGCUACAUACCAAAGUACCACAGUCGCACGUGAAGCACUACCAUAUCAAACAGAAUGCUCGCAGUGAGUUUUACCUGUCCGAGAAGCACUGCUGUGAAACGAUUCCGGAUUUGAUAAACUACCAUCGCCAUAACUCCGGUGGGCUUGCCUGUCGCCUUAAGACGUCGCCGUGCGACCGUCCAGUGCCACCGACGGCCGGUUUAUCUCAUGACAAAUGGGAAAUUCAUCCCUCGGAGCUGAUGAUCCUGGAGGAGCUCGGCUCGGGCCAGUUCGGUGUGGUACGGCGUGCCAAAUGGCGUGGAUCGAUCGAUACCGCGGUCAAGAUGAUGAAGGUUGGCACCAUGUCCGAGGAUGAUUUCAUCGAGGAAGCGAAAGUGAUGACUAAACUUCAACAUCCCAAUCUGGUGCAGCUGUACGGUGUAUGCUCGAAGCAUCGCCCCAUCUACAUCAUCACCGAGUACAUGAAGCACGGAUCGCUGUUGAAUUACCUGCGAAGGCACGAGCAGUCGCUGAUUGGCAACAUGGGACUCCUCCUGGAUAUGUGCAUACAGGUCUGCAAGGGUAUGUCCUAUCUGGAGCGUCACAACUACAUUCAUCGCGAUUUGGCCGCCCGCAACUGUCUGGUCGGUUCGGAAAACACAGUCAAGGUGGCGGACUUUGGUUUGGCACGGUACGUGCUGGACGAUCAGUACACCAGCUCCGGCGGUACCAAGUUCCCCAUCAAAUGGGCCCCACCGGAGGUGCUGAACUACACGCGAUUCUCCUCCAAGAGCGAUGUUUGGGCAUACGGUGUAUUGAUGUGGGAAGUGUUCACGUGUGGCAAGAUGCCGUACGGUCGUCUAAAAAAUACCGAAGUCGUUGAGCGCGUCCAGCGGGGUAUCAUUCUGGAGAAGCCCAAAGCGUGCGCGAAGGAAAUUUAUGAUGUCAUGAAGAAGUGCUGGUCCCACAGUCCCGAGGACCGUCCCGGAUUCCGAAUACUGAAAGAUCAACUGGCUGCCGUCGCCCAAGGACUCACCGAUUAGACGAACUCGGACGUUCUUGAUUUGAUUGAGUGGCAUUUUACAUUUCUCUCGAUGAUGACGAUGAUGAUGCAUAUUAGUAUAAGGCUAAGUUGAUAAACUCUCGUACACUCGAAACGGUCUGAAUCGAUAGGGUUAGCGAAUGGCAAGUGUAAAUCUCCUCUCAAAAAUCUUCCGACUUUUAUUAUGAAAUAUUUUAUUGUCUUUUCCUUUCCGGUAAAGUAACUUUUGCGGUAGGUUUUGUUUUGUAACAAUCUUCAUGUAGCAAGUUUACAGUUGCCACAUUGAAGCGAACCAUUCUGCAGAGGAAUGUGGAGGAAUUGAAACACACGAUCAGAGAUAGAAAAAAAACACACACAGAAGACAGAGUGCCAGAUUUAUAUGUUCUAGUAUACGUUUGGGUUCCGUUUUGUACGGGUGACGACGGUAUCGGGUGUGACGGCAAGCGAAACGUUGAGUCGGGAAGCUUGCAACCAUUAAACGGACUGAGUGAAGCAAAGAGCUUGCCGCUUGAUUGAGGGAGGAUGCGAUCGAAGGCGAUAGCAAAACAAAAAAAAAAAAAAACAAUAAACCGCGUGUGCGAAUAUUUGCUUCCUGUGCAGCAGUAGCAGCGCCGUCAUACAUUACUAUCAUUGUAUCGUAAAGUCUAUGGUAAAUACUACUAUCGAUAACACAAUUUAACAACAGCAAACUGCAGAACAGCCCAUGGUACGACGGAACAGAGUGCAUUUUCGGAAUAUCGCUAGUGAUAAAAGGUGAUGCGAGGUGAGCACGGUUUAAAUCACGUGUGGCGAUCAUUCCCCAUACCCCCUCUCCUCAAAACCGUUGUGGUAUUAGAUUAUGCAGGCAUACUAAUAAACAUACACACAGAUGAUGUACCCACAUCUAUCGUAACAUACCAGUUCUCUUAUAGCUAAACAAAAGCAUGGAAAUCUUACGAACGAAUAAAUUCAAAACGUACGGCACUCUCUAUUCCAUCUGCCAAUGGAUGUGAGCGGCCGUACAAUCUAAGUUAGAUUAUUGUACUAACGAACAAGGCAGCGUCGUCACGAAUGCUGCUACAAUGGGAACAUCUAGUAGAGAAAGUAUUUAAGUGAUAUUUAAGAUUAUAUUGACACGCACGUUCCCUGUUAAAGACCGGUUGCGCGUUUUGCUUUUCUCGUUCUUAAUACCAUCUCAACCCUUGCGUGAGCGCGCUUUACGUUGGGAAGGAUUGGACGGGGUCGGUGGUCCCGUCCUUCCCUUGCUUUAUUGUACAUAGUUUCUUAUUUUUCGAAUAAUGCAACUCCAAUCGAGUGGGAUCAUUUUCUCGUCCUCAGACUUAGUUAAUGCAGACGGCUUUUUUUGUUUGUUCGGAACGCAGUGACCGCACUCUGUGCGUAUCUCAACCGAACCGUUGUAGUGAAUUGUACUGUUCCUCAGUCGGAUCAGUCGAGAUGAUAGGGGAAAAAAUUGUGUGGCAGGUUUGCAAACAUUUGGCGCCACGAAACAGGAUGGCACAUAGUACUACCAUAGAUAGCAUUAUGUUUUAUUAUUUAACCGUAACCGAUCGUAUUAGAGGCAAACGCUGUGCUUCACAACAGUUUGCCUGAAUAACGAAUGAUACGAAUUACCGAUGAAACUCAACUAGUAGCGAUGGGUGGGUGGAUGGACGAUCUUACUGUGUAGCUGGCAGAUAUAUAGUGGCAAGCUCAGCUUCUACUGAUACUAUUACUAUGAACUACUACAACUACUAUUACCUUUACUACCUAAGCAAAGGCGUUAAUAUCUCAAAUCAAACGAAUGUGCGCGAGGAACGACAGCAAAUGCCAUUGGUUUUGUGUUUUUUUUUUUGUUUGAUUUUGCAACAAAUUAAGAAUGCAACUCAAGUCAAAUGUCCCCGAUGUCGACCACGACCGCGCGCAGUAGUGUGGGGGAAGGAUACAUCGGCAGCGACCAAAACAAGGAAUCUGCUAAGGAACCGUAUGCUGCAAACGAUCCAUCUAAUGGUAUAUAAACACACAAAUACACACACACAUAUAUAUCUUACGUCCGCUGAUGUGGUUGUUUAAUGGAUUUGAAAUCAAAAUGCAAAUCGUACAAGAUUUAACCAGCUUCAUCCGGUUGGAAUAGUGAGACCGAGUGAGCAUUAUCGAUGCGCAAUGAAAAUGCAAAACAAACCCAAUAAUGGAGCGUACAAGCGCGGUUCGGUGAAUAAAGUAGUAGUAACUACAGUUAGCAUAGAUAUCAAAAUAUGUCCGAGCAUACGAGUCGAAAAAAACACACAAGAAUACAAUAACAGCAAGAAAAACACAUUUCCGUGAAAUCAGCUAAUCAGCUAAUUAGUCGUUAAAUCGUUUUCUUUUGAGGUUAGUGUACCGGAACAAAGCUCGUGCAGGCAGGAAGAAACGGUCAAACAUAACAUAUGCAGUGGAUUAAGUAUAUCAACAAAACAAGCAAACAAGCAAACAAGCAAACAAACAAAACGCUAAUCUAAUUAUUCGAGUGAUUAAAAAUGAACCCAAGAUAUGGGAGGCGCGCGCAUAAGAACGUUCACAACAAUAACAUGACUGAUCGCCUGUUUGUCGUUCGGUGUAUUGUGACGGUUAAUUUCUGGCACAAAACAGUGCAACGCAGUGCCAGACACAUUUGGCGCCAUUUCCAUUUGCUAAAAAAAAACAAUGAGAAAGCAUUAAAACGGAAGUAAGCGAACGAUACAGGCAAUAUGGCCGAAUACCGAUGGAAAUCUUAUUGGAUAGAUGUCGAUCCAUUUUUUUUACACUACAAAUAAACAAAACAGCAAAAUGUCUUGUAUGAAAUGAA